AUGGUUGUUCGAAAUCUGGCUCCUGGGAUUGCAAACGGCACACGUCUUAUACUAAAGAGAAAGAUGAACAACUGUCUGGAAGCAACUAUUGCUACUGGACCGCAUAAAGCCCAGGACGUGUAUCUGCCAAAGAUACCACUAAUUCCCAGUGAUACUGGACUACCAUUUGAAUUCAAACGACUUCAGUUUCCAGUUAAGGUCUGCUUUGCUAUGACUAUUAACAAGACACAAGGGCAGACCUUAGCUGUGGCAGGGCUAGAUCUACACGAGCCAUCCUUUAGCCAUGGACAGCUUUAUGUUGGCAUUUCUAGAGUUGCCUCCAAACAUGGACUAACGUUCUUGGCAAAAGAAGGAAAAACCAAAAACCUAGUGUACCAGGAAGUGCUGUCGACAAGAUGA